CAAAUGUAGAAUGCUGCGCGUUCGAUUGGGCAAUCUAAUUUGCAUACACCGAAUAUACAAAUGCAGACUGCCCGAAUCGGGAAAAAAAAUAUAUAAUCAAUCAAUUAAGUCUGUAUAUUUGCCAUUGGAUUAUAAGAAACCUACAUUUUUUUUUCUCGAAAUUAGGUUAUGGGUGAAUAGCAAUAAAAUAAUCAUUUAAGUUCGAUCAAGUACUCUGAACACACUCGAAAGUGGCACAGCUCGCAGAAAGAAAAAAAUGCAAAUAUCAUCAACGCAGCUAUUUUUGAUUCUGGCCUGGCUGUACUGCAACAACGGCGCUGUUGUGAACAGGAAACGAUCCCCUUUGGAGGUUGGCUAUGUCCAUUUCCCCCAAAUAAAGUUGAAGGCGAAGCUGACGAAUUCUUCGUUGAUGGAAACGAAACCGUUGGUGAAUAUUUUACAUCCCAAGAAUGUGUGGGUUCCAGGACACGUAAGGCACCACGCUUAUAUUCCAGGACAUCAUGUGAUAGUGCCUGCGGAAACUGUGGUCGUCAGCAGGACAGUGCAUACUUUUCUUGUGAGGCCGCAACAUGCGGACAGCAGGAUCGAAAUAUAUGCUGAGAAUCCUUUUAGGGAUGUCUACGGAGGAUUUGGGGUUGGGGUCGGUGUCGGAGGUCACGGGGCUGGACACGGAUUCCAGGUUUUAUUUUAACAUCUUCAUGUCAAAUGCAUAAAUUAUAUAUAUAUAUUACGAAUAAUUGAACAUUGGAAAUAAGUACGCGAUGUUCUGUUCUCAAUAUUGCGCAUAUUUUUACGAAAUAUGUGUAAAGUGAUCUUAAUUUUAUUCCAUUGUAUAUAUCACUUAGUUAAAGAACAUUUUCUGUGCCUCCCAUAU